AUGAUUUCCAGAUUUAGCUUCCCCAUCAGGAACAAUAUAUUUAAAAGGGUUUUACCGAGCAAGUCCAAAAAUAAUUAUAUAUAUUUGAAUUUUAUAAAAAAUUUUACAACCCAAAAUUCUGAUGAAAUUAAUGUGACAUUUUUAAAUCAUGACAACCAUGAGACAACAGUCAAAGCAAAAGUAGGAGAUAGCAUAUUAAAGGUCGCCCAUGAAAAUAAUAUUAAUAUAGAAGGCGCCUGUGAAGGUUUUUGCGCAUGUUCAACUUGCCAUGUAAUAAUUGAUAAGCAAUUUUAUGAACUUUUACCAGAAGCCCAAGAUAAUGAGCUUGACAUGCUAGAAUUAGCUCCGUGUAUAACUGAAACUUCUAGAUUAGGUUGUCAAGUUAAACUUACUAAAGAAUUAGAUGGAAUAAAAGUACAACUCCCACCGAUGACUCGCAAUUUUUAUGUAGAUGGUCAUGUUCCUACACCACAUUAA